AUGCCAUCCCAUGCUGGGUUCUCAUUCCCACCUCCCGGCUGGCCAUCAAAUACAUAUCGUCCACCAAACAAACCUUCUUCAUCCACUUCAAUUCCCUCCUCAUCAACGGUCAUUCAUGGUCAUGUUUCACAUGUUCAUCCACAAUAUCCACCACCUCCCUUGAACGUGUACAUGAAUCCUCAACCUUCGCACACUCAAUAUCAUAAUCAACCACCUCAAUUUAUCCCUCCACAAUAUCCAACUCCUUUCAAUGCACAUUCGCAUCCACAACCCUCUCCGAACAUUUACCCUCCCUUUGCACCAUCCUACUCACAUACACCGCAAAUGAAACCCUCAUUCACACCUGGUCCACACCAACAUCCACACCCACAACAACCAACACCCACAUACAUACCUGUUCCUGGACCAUCGACGUAUCGCUUACCAUACUCUCCCGCGCAUCCACCCCGUCAACCCCCAACAGCGUAUCACCCACCAAAUUACAGGCCUACCUAUAACCAUGCAUCCACCCCCACGAGACCGUCUAAUACCUAUCCCUCAUCGUACUCCAAUCAAUCACGUCAAUCACAGCAGGUGAACGGAAUGGUACCACGGCCUCAACAACCAUAUCCUCAAGUAUAUUACCAUCCUUCAUCAUAUCCUCCAGGGGUUUUACCUUAUUUCAAACCACCACCGGGACAAAAAACGAUUGAUCCAAGUUUAUCGACACCACCUACUUCGCAGGCUAUUUAUACGACUUACCCAUCAAGGUUAAGAACUGGUAUAACCAGUCUGGUACAGCCUGAACAUAUAACAGGUGGACCACGGGAACGUGAAGCUUUUUAUGCCGAACAGGAAAGAGAAUUGUUAGCUGCGCAAAGAGCUGGUUCAAUUACAGGUACCUCAACACCAAGAUACGAUUCACCCAUACCUGGAUCAACUUCCACUUCGACCUUGAAACGUAAUAACAAUUCGCAAAGUAAUUUAUCAGGUAGAAGAGGUGGUAGAAUAAAUUAUGCCGAACAGGCUUCAGACGACGAUGACGAAGAAGAAGAUGAAUCAGAUUUAUCAGAUUUGGAAGAACCUCCUUCUGAUCCGGAAGAUGAUAGUUAUGGCUCACGUCGUAGACCCGGUGGAAGAUCUUCAAGUAGAAGAGACCAUAGUCUGAUCGUCGGUGGAUACGAACAUCAAAUAGCAAUGAAAGCAGGUAAAGCUAAAAGGAAAAGAGAAGAAAUGGAUAGAGGUUGGACUUGGUUAGGAGAUAGGACGCCUGCGGAGAGAGUCAAGAGCGCAAAUGCCAAACUCACAAAGCACGCUUAUAUGUCCGAAGAAUUACUGGAGAAAGAAGCGGAUAGACCGGAGAUGUUGGUACCUAUUACGGUAGAUUUAGAUAUACCUAAUCCCGAUCCCAAUGGACAAGGAAUAAGGAUCAAAGAUAGGUUCCUGUGGAACAUCAAUGAACCUUUUAUCGAUCCAAUACAAUUCGCUCAAAUAUUCUGUGAUGAUUUAUCGAUUCCUCAGUCUUACGCUGCGACAAUCUCAGAAUUGAUCAAAGGUCAAUUAGAAGAAUCUCAAAAUACCGUAGAAAUAGAUAUCACAAAUGAAGACGUGACGGAAGAUGACGUGCUUUUCAGCGAUGAAGAAGUCGAAGAUCAAAUGGAAUUGGAUGUUGGUGAAGCCAACGAAGAUGAUGCUAUGGCGCUUAAUGGUACAACAGAGAAGAUAGCUGAAAAUGAUGCUGAGAAAGAAGCCGCCGUGGAGGAAGAGGAACAAGAAGAAGAAGAGAAAGAAAAGGUCUGGGAAGAAGCCGAUUGUCGGAUCAUUGUGAACCUCGACGUCCAAAUAUACACACAUAUCUUACGUGAUCGCAUAGAAUGGGAUCUAUCAUCAAAUCUCCCACCAUCAGUAUUCGCUAAACAAUAUUGCUCCGAACUUGGACUAACAGGCGAGGCUAUACCUUUGAUAACAUGGGCAAUACAUGAAGAACUCUUAAAACAUAAAAAAGAUGCAUUGGAACUCGAUUUAUUUUCAUCUACGCAUCCUGAAGAACAAGCUAAAUUCGACAGGACAGGUGUACCACCCAGAACCAACUCAAAGAGAGGAGGUACAAAAGGUUUGAUUGGAGUAUGGAGAGAUUGGUGGGAAAGAGAAGAAUUUUCACCCAUCUUAGUCGAACUGAGUUUUGAUGAGAUCAUCUCAAGAGAACAAGAAAGAAUGAGAGAAGGUAGAAGGAUGAUGAGAACUAUAGCGGGUGGAAAGAGAAGAAGGUAA